GCUGUCUUUUUGUUUAUGUUUUAUUUUGAUAUACUGAGGAAAUCGAAAUAUCUUUUUGCAUCUGCAAUCAAUCCUUCUGAAUAGCACCGGCAUUGCUGAGAAACAGAUAUUCAUGAGUCGAAGAGAAUGGCGAAAGGCGCUGAAGAAAAUGCGUCGCAAGCGUGUGCGUCAAAAGUUGGCUCGCGAGCGAGAUCUUCAGCUUGAACAACUCGAAGCUCUGAAAAUGACCGAUCCGAACUAUGUUGCUUAUCUGAGGGAAACAGAGCAAUUAGAGCAGCAGGCUCAGCAACGACUGGAGGAGCGCAGCCGGUAUGAAAAUGCUCUUUGGAUGGACCGGGAAAGGGAAUGUCAACUAGCGUUCGAAAAACGCCGGAGGCUGAUAGAAGAUGAGCAGCGCGAAGAAAAUGCAAAGCGUGAAAAAAUUCGUCAGGAAUUUGAGGAGCAGGAGAAAAAAAUAAUGGCCGCAAAACUGGAGAGGGAGCGGCUACUGAAAGAAUUUCGGAAAAAGCUGCAAGAAAGGGAAAGAAUGUGGGCCGAAUUCUUGGCCGGAAUCGACGAUCAUGUUGCUACACUUUGUGAAAUGAACCAGACGCGACCUGGUGGUAACCCAUGUGUAUUUUUUGGGAAGGUUGGCGCUUGUCGAUAUGGUAUUCGAUGUUCUUCCAACCAUCAGACACCGGGGUUGAGUGAGCUCAUAAUGAUGGCGAACUUUUUCGCUCAUCCUGCACUGGACGACCAACAACAUAAGGAGUACGGGAACGAUGCAAGUUUGGAAUUCGAUGAAAAAGAGUUGAAUCGAUUCUACAAUGAGUUCUUCUUUGACAUCAUCGACGAAUUUGAGUCAUUUGGUCCAAUCAGGGGUAUAUUUGUUUGCAGAAAUUACGAGCCGCAUCUCAGAGGCAAUGUUUUUAUUGAAUAUGGCGAUAUGAGAAGUGCAGCAAAGGCUUACCAAAGAAUGAACGGGCGUUUCUAUGCAUCAAAACAGCUAAAAGUGGAGUUUCGCUCACCCAUCACAUGGACCUCAGCUGUUUGUGGCCUGUUUGAACAAUCGAGAUGUCAGAAAGGAAAAAAAUGCAACUAUCUGCAUUUGAUGGUCAAUCCGGUCCGAAAGUAUAGAUACGAACACAUAAAGGAGCUAAAGUCUGUGCGAAAACCCGACAGAUUUUCUGAACGAUCAACAUCGCUACAAGGACGAAGCUGGGAUGAUAUUGAAGUGUCAUCGCCAUACAAAAGGAAUUGGCGUUGGUCGGAGACUCCAGAAGUGGAUAUAGUAGCCCAAAACGGUAGAUCCUCGUCCAGUUCCAUGUCCUCGCGGAACAGGUCAUCUUCUCGACGUGAGAGUAGACGAAGAUCGCGAAGCCGCGAUCGCAAAGCUGACUCAAAUAGUAAGCCAAGUACUAGUCGAAGUAGACAUCAAGAAAGAUCAGACUAUCAGCGUAAAAGAAAAGACAGAAGCCGUAGUUCUGAUCGGAAGAAAUACAAAAAACGAUCCAAAAGUAGAGAAUCUAUAAAUCACACCAGUCAUCGAUAGUCGAUAUCGAAGCUAGGAACGAUAUAAAUUCACUUGUUAUUAGGAAUUUAGCAAAAGUUUGCUUAGUGGGCUAAACGCGCAGCCCAGAUUAAAAAAAAAUCACUCGUUGACUGAACUGGCAUUUCAAACGCCAAAGUUACUAAGGCAGCUUUAAUGGACUAAUCAAUUAUUAGCACUUAUUAUUAACGAUAUCCGCGCUUAACGGCCAGUACUCUACACGAAAGACGCUCAUAAAUCAUAACAUUUCAGAUUAAAUGGAAUAUGUGAGAUUCUCAGUCUAACCCUCCGGCACUCGUGCCGUUCUAUUUUAUGCAACACCUUCAGAAACUCUAGCGAAAUCUUCUUACAGCACCAGCGGCUGCUCAUUCGGGGAGCCAUUCGCACGAGUGCCGGAGGGUUAAGAACGGCCUACUUACAAAAUGAUAUAUUGAGAUAUAUCGGAAAAUGGAAAUAACAAAAUAUUUGUUGAAUCAAUCGAAAAU